CAAACUUUCUGUCAUAGUGUGUGGGACCUUCCAUGGAACCUACUUUAAACGCUCAAGGUGAUAUUGUUGUCUUCGAACAUAUUACUCCACGUUGGGGAACUUUGCAACCUGGUGAUGUAGUUGUUGCCAAGUCACCUUCCAGUCCACAUUCUCAUAUCUGCAAAAGAGUAAAAGUAGUGGGAGAUAAACCUUUUAGUUCACGUUUUUGGAAAUAUCGACAACGAACUCCUCAAUAUGUACCUCGAGGUUAUAUUUGGUUACAAGGUGAUAAUGCCGACAACUCUACAGACUCCAGAGAAUAUGGACCAGUACCAGAAGCACUGAUUGUAGGAAGGGUAUUCCUGAGAAUAUGGCCAAUAACUCAAAUAGAAUGGAUCGGUCGCAGUCCAAAGAUAUCGACUAGUUAGAGUAUUCAACGUAUGUUUACCUAUUCGACAAAGUCAAAGAAACAGAUUGGUUCUUAGACUCACUUUUGUAGGUAUAUUUUUUUAUCUGCUCGAGAAUAUUAGAGAUAUUCCCAGCAAUAAGAUAAAAGGAGCCUUUGAUAG